GAAAACAGUCCACCCAUGGGAUUGUGUGGCACUAUCACCUUCUUGGUAUCUGUUAACUGGGUGUAUCGUCUGCAGCUUGAUUACCUCUGCACUGACUGCACCUGCCUGACCUGUCUGGGGAUCAUGCACACCAAAGGAAGUACAGAAUGCUGUUGCUCUUUUGAGGACUACAACCAGACGACAGAAUGGCUUCUGAGCCAGACGAGACACAGACCGAAGAUCGCAGUGAUCUGUGGCUCCGGCCUGGGCCUACUGGCUGACAGGGUCACCAACAAACAGACCUUUCCUUAUGCCGACAUUCCCAACUUCCCUGUGAGCACAGUUCCAGGCCACGAGGGCUGUCUGGUGUUUGGGGUUUUGAAAGGCAAAUCCUGUGUCUUCAUGCAAGGCAGAUUCCAUCUCUAUGAGGGCUAUUCACUAUGUAAGGUCACAUUCCCGGUGCGGAUCUUUAAGCUUUUGGGUGUGGAGACCCUCAUUGUGACCAAUGCCUCAGGGGGCCUGUGCCCAGACUUCAAAGUGGGUGACAUCAUGCUAAUUAAGGACCACAUUAACCUGCCGGGCUUUGCCGGCCAGCACCCUCUGUGUGGCCCCAAUGAUGAACGGUUUGGGAUCCGAUUCCCCUGCAUGACAGAUGCCUACAGUAAGGACCUGAGGAAGCUAGCUCUGGAUAUCAGUCAUGAACUGGACUAUACCAACUUUGUACGGGAAGGGGUAUACUGCAUGGUGAGCGGGCCCAACUUCGAGACCGUUGCUGAGGCACGAAUGUUGCAGGUCCUGGGAUGCGACUCUGUGGGCAUGAGUACAGUUCCAGAAGUGACAGUGGCCAAGCACUGUGGCCUGAGGGUCUUUGGUCUUUCCCUUAUUACCAACAAGGUCUCCCUGGACUACAGCCGUGAGGAGAAGGUGAACCAUGAGGAGGUCCUUGAGAUCAGCAAGAUGAGGGCGGAGCAUCUGCAAAUGAUGCUCAACACACUCAUUGCCCGCGCCCACCUACUGGAUGAGGGAAUCAACGUCAACUGAAGGAGGGCAUUUGUGAAAUACAUAAAUAAACUCUUUCACACGCACUGUAUCACAGCACACAUCCACACAUACAUACAUACAUGUCCAUUCAACAUGAAAGGCUUUAGUACAUUUUCUCAAGUAAUUCAAUGUUCUAAAGCUUGCCAAGUCUUGUUUAAAGGCAAGAAGUAGGCAAAUACUAAUUUGACGGUAGGAUCGUGAGCACCAUUUUUAAUAUCCUUGUUUAACUUCAGCUGAAGAGGUGCCAUUAACUAAGGACAUUAAGGG